AUGUCAGACGUUGAACAAGACCAAGCCCCAAUCCAGGACGCUCCAGUUGAAGAUGCUCCAUCGGGAAAGGUUUUCGUUAGACCCAUUGGUUUUGAAACUCCUCAGGAAGCCAUCGAGAGCCACUUCUCUCAGGUGGGACCAGUGGCGGAGGUGCAAAUUAUGAGAGGCUACGCCUUCGUUUCUUUUCAGAAUCCUGAAGAUGCUGCUAAGGCUACCGAGUCCUUAGCUGGCACUGAGUUGGACGGCCAGGCUCUUCAGGUUGAGGUUGCUCACGGUCGUAAGGAGGAGACCCGCAACAGAAACCGUGUGAAGAUCACCAAUGUUCCUGAGCAUACUGCUUGGCAAGAUUUCAAGGACUUUGUUCGUGAGAAAGGUAUGGAACCAUCUUUCGUCAAGGUUUUUCGCGAUUACGAGUCUGGUGAGACAAUUGCCGCUCUUGAAUUCGAGGACGGUGAAGCCCUUGCUGCUGCCAUUGAGAACUUGAAUGAUGUUGACUACCAGGGCUUUACCUUACGUGCUGAACAUGACACAAGCCCAUAUGUUCCUCGCAGAAGAGGUAGAGGUGGGUUUAGAGGUGACUUCCGCGGCGGACGUGGUGGCGGAUUCCGUGGGGAUUUCAGAGGCGGCAGAGGGGGCCGUGGUGGUUUCAGAGAUGAUUUCAGGGGCGGAAGAGGCCGUGGAGGUUUCAGAGGUGGCAGAGGCGGCUUCAACCGUGAUGAUGGCUUCCGUGACGGUGGCUUCAGAGGUGGAAGAGGAGGUUACAACCGUGGUGAUCGUGGUGAUGGCGGAUUUGAGAGAGACUCGUACACUCGUGACCGCUCUCCAACACGUUACUAA